UGUGGUGUAAUUGCUUUGCAUCCAGAAGACCCGCUUACAUUUUUAGAGGAAAAGGUCAGAGAAAUAACGUUAAAGGGAAUAGGUUCUGUAUUAUGGUAUGUAUUAAAUUGUGUAGGAUGGAUAAAAUACAAUCUGCUAAGAAAGAACAAAAGAAAAAAGGCAGAGCAGAAGAUGGUUCUAGCAAUAGUCCAUUAUAAUGUCCAAAUCUUAAUAAUUAUACAGAAGUGGAGCAUGUGGGUUCAGAUUUACAAGGAAAAAAUGACAUACAAAGGUUUACAGUACCUGGGCUCUGGAAGAGGAUGUCACAAGCUCAUCUGUUUGGACCUUUCAGGUUGCAUUCAGGCUCUGGUUUAAAAAUGUCAACAGAUAAUGUCUGUUGUGAUUCUUGACUCUCCACAUCUUUCUGAUCCAACUUUUAAAGCCCCUGAAUGUAAACUCGUUAAGGUCAGGAUUGAAGGAGAUGACCAAAUUACUGAUUUGAGUUUCAAGCUGAUAAGUAAAUGCUGCCCAUACAUCAGGCUUAUUCAUAUUGCCUGUUGCCAGAUGAAUGAUGUUGGUCUUCAGAUGGUUUCACAGCCGAAGUGUAUUCAUGUCCUGAGUGUAGCAGACUGCUUAUGGUACUAUAUUGCACCCAUUUUUCUAUGUCAUCAACUGACCUACCUUAAUCUACGUCAUUCUGAAAAUAUUACUGAUGCUGGAAUUGAAGCUUUGGGAAAUAUGUCAUCACUGAUGUCCAUUGAUAUCUCUGCAAUCAACAUCUCAGAUAUAGGUUUGAGAGUCCUUGGCUGUCAUGGAAAAAUAAAGCAACUUUCUCUAGCAGAAUGCAAAAAUGUCAGUGAUACUGGGAUUCAGGAGUUCUGCAAGGGCACAAAACACCUAGAAUAAUGUCACAUCUCCAAUUGCCCUCAGCUGACAGAUGAAGCUGUGAAAUAUUUGGCAUUUUACUGUCACACACUAGCAUCUGUCAGCAUAGCUUGUUGUCCAAAGAUGACUGAGACCUGUAUCCAAUACUUGGCCACAGCCUGCCUUUAUCUCCAUUUCUUGGAUGUCUCCAGUUGCAUUAAUCACAAAGCACUGAAAUGUCAUUGGAAAGGGCGAAAGCAACUCCAGAUUCUCAAGAUGCUGUACUGUAGAAAUAUUACCAAGCAAGCUGCCUUGAAAUAUACAGCCAAGUUGGAGAAACAAGAAUAUAAUGAUGCUGAUCCUCCUGCCCGGCUUGGGUAUGGCAGGGGUGGUAAACCUUCACCAAAAAACACAAGUCAGAGCCUGACUAAACAAACUCUUCCAAAUGAAGAAAUCGCGCAACACCUACAGCUCAAGGUUGGUGUUGCUGUGUUUUUAUUUAUUAUUUAUUUAUUUAUUUAUUUAUUUUCCCACAAGAGCAUGAAAAGAACAAGGUGUUUUUCUUAAAAUUAA